AUGGGAGCCGAACAACAGGUGCAGCUCUUCGUCCGCGAAAUUGUCUUGAAUGAAGGCGACGUCUUGAGGGAGCACCGACCCUACUUGAAGAGGAGGAUGAACGUCGGCUGGGACAUUCCGGAGCUGGGUAUAGAUGCACUGCGUAUCGUCCGUUGGAGCACGAUAGGUAUGAAUACCGUCGAUGAAGACUGCCAGGGCUUCGGGUAUAUAUGCGGUAUUGUUCUUAUCUUUUGUUCAUCUGAAUAA